AUGUUCUGGACGUAAGGAUGCCUGCGUCACAAACUGGACUCGGAAACUUCUUCUUUGAGAGAAACAUCAACAUGCGCCCUGGAUAUCAGAUACCAGUUUUGGGAUGUCCACCUGGCAUGCAACAGCAACAAGCCCCUCAUCUCGCUGCGAUGGCUGGGAUACCUUUGGCAUAUUCAGGACUACAGGGAUACAACUUCAUCCCUUAUCCACCCCACAGACACGUUGCGCACAUUAACAACUCUUUCGACCUCAAAGCGGUGUCUUCGUAUCAUCAAGCACUUCUCGGCCGAGGUGCUCCGUUUUUCCCACAAUAUCGACUAGGCGCGACAGAGGACCCGAGCAGAGUCGCCAAGGUGGCAACGCGAGAAAGCACCAGCGCGCUCAAGGCCUGGCUAAAUGAGCAUCUCAAGAACCCAUAUCCCACAAAGGGUGAGAAGAUCAUGCUUGCCAUUGUUACUAAGAUGAGCCUCACGCAAGUGUCCACUUGGUUUGCCAAUGCUAGGCGAAGACUGAAGAAGGAGAAUAGGGUGAGCUGGGCGUCAAAGGAUAAAUCUGACGAGGAGGAGGGCGAGAGCGACGAAGAGGAUGUAGAAGGCUCUCUGCAGAAAAGCCGUUUGGAUGACGAAGAUGAGAUAGAUCCUCAAAGCUUAGAUGAUAACUCAACGCCCGAACCGGUGGAUGCGCGUCUGGGAAAACUAUCAAAGGAGGACCAAAAAGACAAUGAGCGUGCCACGAACGACUUAAAUGUCGUACAGAGUGACACUUCUCCAUCUCGACUGAAAGUUAAAGUUGAGUGUCAAAAGCCUAAAAUAUGGUCUUUGGCAGAAACCGCAACAUCGGAAACGGUGAGAAAGCCCCAGGACAGUGCCUGCCACCCUGGCACAAAAGUUGACAAGUUCUGGGCAGAAUGGGCAUCAAGGAACGGACUGUAUAUUCCAGCAUACCCUGCUCACGACAUUUUAUAACAUAUUUAAAAUGGUCAAGGACACAUGUUUGCCUAUUUUGCACUUUAAAAUGCCAAACUCUAUGGAUUGGAGUGGGUCUACUUUUUCACGUAUACACGCCUAGGUGUGUUACUUUACAGAACAUGUUAUGUCAUUUAGAUUAAAUAUAUUUUCAAUGAACACUUUGUAAAUUAUAAUUUCUUUUGUCUUAUCACGAAAACAUAUUUUGGUAAAAU